GAGUACCAAACUCAUCAAUCAAACUCUGUAAUGGCAACUGCUUCGCUCUCUCCAUUUUUCACAAAACCAACAACCGCUUCUUCUGCUACUAAUAAUAAUACCAAUUUUUCUUUGAGAAGACAAAUUUUAAAAGGAAUUGGAUUAUCGCCUCUCAUUUUGACAAAAACAUCGGAAGCUAGAGACGUACAAGUUGGCUCUUACUUGCCACCUUCCCCUUCCGAUCCUUCCUUUGUACUCUUCAAAGCUUCUCCUCAAGACACGCCCGCUCUUCGCGCAGGAAAUGUGCAACCCUAUCAGUUUAUUCUUCCACCCACUUGGAAGCAGAUGCGAAUAGCCAAUAUUUUAUCUGGUAAUUAUUGCCAACCUAAGUGCGCAGAGCCUUGGGUUGAGGUCAAAUUUGAGGAUGAAAAACAGGGGAAAGUUCAGGUUGUUGUGUCUCCUUUGCUCAGAUUGACUAACAAACUCAAUGCCACCAUUGAAGAGAUUGGGAGCCCCGAAAGGAUUAUUGCUUCGCUUGGUCCGUUUGUUACCGGAAACUCCUAUGAUCCCGACGAACUCUUGGAAACAUCAGUUGAGAAGCUUGGAGAUCAGACGUAUUACAAAUAUGUGCUUGAGACACCAUAUGCUCUUACGGGUACUCACAAUCUUGCAAAGGCAACAGCAAAAGGAAGCACGGUUGUGUUGUUCGUAGCGAGCGCAAAUGAUAAACAAUGGCAAUCAUCUCAGAAAUCUCUCAAAACCAUUCUUGAUUCUUUUAGAAUAUAGCUCUUUUCCAAGUGAGUCGAAGUAAGUACGGUAAUUUCUCAAAUUUUGUUGCUUUAUACAUAUACUGAAAAAUUUCUAUCUGAUUCUUUCAGCUGAACAUAUAUAUGAAUUAUGUCGCAUUUUCUUUUUUAUUUUGUAAUAUAGUCAUUGUAAGUUUUA